UUGGCGGUAACGUUAUACAACAUGUUUGAUAACCAGCAUGUUAUGGGAGUCCGUGGUGGCACAGUUCCUGAAGCAUAUCCAUGCACACGAGAGUUAAAAGGUAGCACGAACAACUCGUACGUUGCGAGAAUAGCGCUCUUAAACACAGUUAGUGCAGCAGCGGUGACGUCUACUUCCUGUUGCAUAACUUGAGUUUGAUCCAACAAAAAUGCCAGAAGGACCCGAGCUCCACCUGGCCAGCCUUUACAUAAACAAAAUGUGUGACGGGGUGGUGUUCACUGGAACAGUCAGAAAGUCUGAUGUCAGCAAGAGUCCUGACGUGGCCUUCACCUGCGAGGCGUACCGCAUCAACGCCACUUCCAGAGGGAAGGAAGUGAAGGUCACGCUGACGCCCAUCAAGAGUGAUGACACGAAGGCCAGAGAGGCACAGCAGCCCGUGGACAUUGUCUUUCGCUUUGGCAUGUCAGGAUUUUUCCGCUUCACCGCCGAGGAUGAUCUUCCCAAACAUGCCCAUCUGUGUUUUUAUUCCAAAGAGAAGCCUGGCAGAGUGCUGAGCUACGUGGAUGCACGCAGGUUUGGCAGCUGGCAGCCAAAUGGGACAUGGCAGCCUGACAGAGGACCCUGCAUCAUGUUUGAGUACAAAAGCUUCAGGGAGAACGUGGUGUCACACCUGUCAGACCGUGCUUUUGACCGACCCAUCUGUGAAGUCCUGCUUAACCAGAAGUACUUCAAUGGCAUUGGGAACUAUCUCAGGGCUGAAAUCCUUUAUAGGUUAAAAAUCCCACCCUUUGUGCCCGCCCGGGCCGUGCUUGAAGGACUCAAGUCAGAUGAUGUGUGUGAAGACAAGAAGCCUGUGAAGAAGGAGAUCCAUGACAAAGAGAACAGAGUGAAAGAGGAGAGGGCAGACCUGCUCAGGCUGUGCCACACAGUUCCGCUGGAGGUGGUCAACUUAGGUGGGAAAGGCUACGAUCCAGAGAAGAAAGACUACUCGGACUUUGAGGCCUGGUUGCAGUGUUACUAUGUGGAUGGAAUGAAGUCUAUACGUGACCACAACGGCAGGACCAUGUGGUUUCAGGGGGAUCCAGGUCCUAUGGCUCCUAAAGAUUCAAAGUCAGCAAAGGCCAAAAAGAGAAUAAAUAAAGAUGCGGACCAUGAUUAUACCCACAUGAAAAAGGUGUCCAGGAAACAGAACUCUGAAAGCACAAUGAAGAAAAAAGCGGCCAAAAAGCAAACAAAAGCACAAAAGAAAGAAAAAAAUGUACCUCAAAAAAAGGCCAGACCCAGAAGAGCUGUAAAAUCCUCUGACGCAAACACACCUCAGCAUGAACAGAAAUCAGCUGCACGCAGGAGGACAGAGAACAAUACAGAACUAGCAGCAGGCUUUCAGAGACGUAGUGGGAGACUGACAAGACAGAAUAUCAAGUAAAAACAUCCAUCCAGCCAUCUUCUUUGCCGCUUAUCCUUACUAGGAUCGCGGGUGUAUGCUGGAGCCUAUUCAAGCUGACUUCAGGCGAGAGGCGGGGUACACCCUGGACUGGUCGCCAGCCAAUUGCAGGGCACAUAUAGACAAACAAUCACUCACUCUCACAUUCAUACCUAUGGACAAUUUAGAAUCACCAAUUAACCUAAUAUGCAUGUUUUUGGAAUGUGGGAGGAAACCAGAGUACCCGGAGAAAAACCCCACACACGGGGAGAACAUGCAAACCACACAGAGAUGCCCAAACGGAGAUUUGAACCCAGAUCUUCCCGAUCUCCUGACUGUGUGGCUACUUAAUAGGCCACCAUGCCCAAGUAAAAACAUCUGUUGGGAAAUGCAGUUUUUAUUCCAUGGUAAUGGUUUAAUUUAUUUAAACAUGCAUACAAGUUACAAUGAAAUACAUCACAUAGUAGAAUUAACAUUUUCACAUGUCCAAAAGGAGUAGGAAGAAGCAAAGCUUAUUUAAUCCUACCACCCAUCUGUUUCACAUCAUUUGUAAUACAUUUACUCACUUUUUGUAUUUCAUUUGUGGUCUUUAUCAGUUAACACAUAGGAAAAUGAUGAGGUAAUUGUCAAUGUUUUUCCACAAUCAUCAUAAAUAAUAAUCAGUGUAAUACAUAAAUAAUAAUAAAUUUAGACAUAACAGAACAUACCGUAGUUGAAGAAUAAGAACUCAAGAAUAAGAGUAAUGAGUGUUGUAGUGGUUAGACAUAGCAUUUUGUACACAGUGGUUCAAGAUUCUUCUUUGUAUUUUGCAAACAUCAACUGCUUGUAUUGUUUCAUUAAAUCGCUCAUCUUGGUGCUUUGAGUUCCUUACUCAAUCCAUUCCAUAAUUUGAUUUCACAUACAGAAAUGCUGUUGGUUUUUAGCGUUGUUCUCAUGUAUAUGUAAGUGUUUUAAGUUUAGUUUUUCCCUGAGAUCAUAUUUCUCCUCUCUGGUUGAAAAGUAUUGUAGUAUCCAUGAUAUAUUUUUAAAUAAAACAUUUUUUACAAGCUUUUAACUUGGCACAUU